AUGGAGACGAAGAGGACGGAGAUGAAGAGGACGGAGACGGAGAGGACGGAGACGAAGAAGACGGAGAUGAAGAGGACGGAGGUCAGUGUUUCUGAGGACGGAAACGAAGAGGACGGAGACGAAGAGGACGGAGACAAAGAGGACGGAGACAAAGAGGACGGAGAUGAAGAGGACGGAGGUCAGUAUUUCUGAGGACGGAAACGAAGAGGACGGAGACGAAGAGGACGGAGACGAAGAGGACGGAGACGAAGAGGACGGAGACGAAGAGGACGGAGACGAAGACGAGCUUUGACACCAGGAAUUCCUGAAACCUUCGUUUAGAAACUCGUCUGAGCUGCUCAGGCCACAAAGCGGCGUUUUGUCGCCCUGCUCUGAUUCGUGGUCGAUGGCUCUUGUGUUGAAAAUGCGUCUGAAUACUUCAUCAUCAUCCACACGCCAAAUAUCCCAUUUUUCAUUCCCGGCUAAUUCCCUCUCCAACGCGGCGCUCUGUUCCUCCUAAUCCGGCAGGAAAGGUCAGUUUAGCAUAAUGACAUCAUAGAGACGAGCUCGGGCAAACCCAGAUUACUGAAUCUGACUCUAAUGUGGCUUUUCAGAGGAAACAGCAUUAAACCACAUUAACGCGCCGCAUUCACUGCCAGCUUUACCGCAGAUAUCCGGGCCGGCCCCUUCGCCAACCUCUUUGUGUUUUUAAUGAGGUGACAGAAAAGGCGAGAUGGAAACGGGACGGUCUUACAACACGCUGAGCGGGGAUCAGAUACAGUCGCUCUGUUGGUGAAACAGUCCGUCAGCGCUCUGAUCACGCCGGGUUAACCUCCUCAGAGUGACUGACGUUUUUAGAGCACGGGUUCCACCGCCGCUCAACGCCACUAUUAGAGAAACAUCAUGAGAGGUUUGUUCAUGUUCAGCCUCAGAUUAAGAUUCAGAAUUACAAACAAACUGGUUCCAGAUUAUCGCUGCAGGUUUCUAAGAUCCUGAAUAAGAGGACUAGAAUCUGGAGUAACGUCUGAGGACUGAGGCUCCUGAAGAACAUGAACAAGAACCUGCUGCUGCUCGUACCUUCAGACGGCUCUGAGAACAUCAAACGGCACGCCCGGGCUUUUAUUUUGAAGGAUGAGGAGAAGAAACAGAAGGAGAAGAGCCUGACUCUCAUGAAGUCACACAGACGGUUUAAAGGUCUCAUCGGUUUCUGCUGUGAGAUGUUUUUCUGCUCCAUCUCCACGGCAACAGUGAGUUUCCCGCACAGGAAGGAAGAUGGAUGACUGGAGGGAGCAUGGAGUGAAACAGACGAAGAAGAAGAAGAAGAAGGAUGAGGAGGAGGAGCAGGAGGAGGAGGAGGAGGACACAGUGGUGGUGACUGAUAUAAAGGCUGUUUGAGGCUGUCCUCCACAUAUGACCAUCGUUAGAGUUUGUAUUAAUUAGAGUUAUGAAACCCUGUGAAUCACAUCAGCAGCUCUUUGGUGGUUAAUAUUUAACACAGCGUUUAUGAGCGACUCACGGCGCCGCGCUGCUCCCAAAACAAUGCACCAAUCAGCAUAAAGCAGCAGCGCACCAGCAGCUAUUACACAACAGGUCCGAGAGUCCGAGAGAAACACGAGCUGCAGCGGUUCUGAUCCAUUAUAUCAGACACACACACACACACACACACACACACACACACACACACACACACACACACACACACAGGGGCUUUUUUCCAUGUUCAUAAAAUAAAAUAAACGUAAAUGUUUUUGCACUUUCUGUCUUUUCUGAGAAGCUUCAAUUUUAAAUGUUGAUGUUGGAAAAAGAAGAAAAAGUCAAAAACCUUUUUGAAAAGGAAUAAACUGAUGAAACUGAGAUUCAUGUUUUCACUUUUAGUGAAUCAUUGAAUUUUUUCACCGGCUGUUUAAAAGUCACAGAUUUGAGUUCAUUCACUUUAAAUUUAAUCCGUUAAUUUUUAUUUGUAAAGCGUCAAAUCACGACAAUCGUUAACGCUCUCCAAAGGAGCAGGUCGAGACCAAACUCAGUGUUUGACGUGUUUCAAAGACCCAAACCUGAAGACGGGACAGAUUAGACCCCGCCCCCAACAUGAGUGACUGUGGCGAGGAAAAAACUCCCCUCUAUCAGGCAGAAACCUCGAGCAGGACCAGACUCACGUCAGACAGACGCCUGCUGAGAAAGAACAGGUAGUUGAAGAUUUCAUCUCAGCUGUAGGGGUUGGAGGGCCCCACCAAAGAGUUUGAGCCUGAAAAAGUCCUGAUCUUUAUUUGAGAGAUUAUGAGACAGACGGAAACAGAAGAUUGAUGCAGAUUUAUGAAAAGUAACACUUUGAAAAGUUCCUGACGGCCCUGAAGCUCGGCUCAAACCUCACUUUUACUCCUCACAGCUCCAACUCCGUCCUGGAAAUCCUGACUCUCUGGUAAACCUCGAACCCGAACCUUCGCCGUCGCUCUCUGUUUUGCUGCUCGCAGCUUUCCCACAAACACAUGGAGCUGAUCAGGGUUACAACUAGAUAAUGAUAUCAUCAGCACAUGUUUGGGGCCCCGACCGUAUCAACAAUAUUACCACCCUGCCUCCUUCUGCACAGACAUGCGAUGCACAUGUCUGAUAGCCAUCUGCCAGCAGGAGGAGGUUUUUGAGGGAAACCAGGAGCAGGAUUGUUGUUUCCAGCGCUCUGGCUGCUCGUGACGACCUCGUUCACAGAAACAUUAUUGAUGCCAACAUUUGACAAUCCUGAACAAACUUCAGCUCGACGUGGUUUGGGUUUUUCUGCACUGAUUUGUUGAGCAGGGCCGUCGUCUGCUGCCCUCAUCAUCCUCUUCUCUAAACAGAAAAAUCUUUUCGCUGCAGAGUCCAGCGGAAAACGGAAACUAUGACCACCAGGAAUCUGCUGCGGCCAUGUUGGUUGAGGUCCUAACCAGCGGUGGUCAACUUGGUGUCUAACUGUGGUGGUCAGAGGAUGCGGUCUUGAACAGUUUCUGCAUGAGCCUCAUUUAGCUCCACAGACUAGCUUUAGCAUGUUAGCUUCAGUCAGAGCCUGUCCCAGUCCCGUCUGACCCCCCAGUGUUAAAGUCAGAAGGACAAACACAGCAGACGAAGAUCAUCCAGGCCCUCCUCUUCAUCGUUACUCACUGCAUGUGGUCAUCAGACGUCAGAUGACAUCUAUAAAAAGCGUCUCCUGCGAGGCCGCGCCCAGCUCUCAGACCCAGAACCCUCCAACAGAAUCAUGAGUAACUGGAGUCAAACAUUCGUCACGUGGGUGGUACUCACUUGUUUAAAGUGAUAAAUGAAGUCCACAUUUCCUCAGGAUUCUUGUUUUUGUGGUGUUUGGCAGCAGCUUCACUCAGAAACAUUUGUUUCUUUGGUGUUUGGCGGCGCCUUCGCCAGAAAUCAUCGUUCAGCUUUAUUGUCACGCUUUGAUGUCGCUGUCGUGCCAACAGCUCCAAACCCCAAAUAAAUCGGCUCUCACUGUUCUCCUCCAAACGACUGCGACUCACAGGGAAGAGGAAAAAUCUGUUUUGUUGAACUCAGUCACCAUGCCAACGGCAACAGUAGAUGACAAACCCUGAAAGUACUCGAGUUGGCGUGAAAUCUGCGUCUAACCGCCGAGUUACUGCCUGAUACACAAAGACGUGCUGCAGGACAGUCACAGGUCCAGGUCCAGGUCCAGGUCCAGGUCCAGGCUUCGCUGACCCCAUCACAGGCUGGAAAUCUGUUCAGCUACAAACAUCUCAGUCUCUGACCAACAAAAUCUGUUAACUUUGACCACGACCUUUGACCUCUGAGACAUCAGCUGGUUUCUGAAUUUCUGAAAGUUGGAUCAUCACAGCAGACGCUUUCAGACACGACUAAUCGAAGCAGACUUCAUCAAAUCGCCGUGUGGCGUUCUUCACGUGGAGCGACUUUAGGUUUUAAAACCAAAGACAAAGUUCUUCAAGUUCUUCAGUGAGGACCUCAGUGAGGACCUCAGUGAGGACAUCAGUGAGGACUUCAGUGAGGACCUCAGUGAGGACCUCAGUGUGGACCUCAGUGAAGACCUCAGUGUGGACCUCAGUGUGGACCUCAGUGAAGACCUCAGUGAGGACUUCAGUGAAGACCUCAGUGAGGACCUCAGUGAAGACCUCAGUGAAGACCUCAGUGAGGACCUCAGUGAGGACCUCUGUGUGGACCUCAGUGAGGACCUCAGUGAGGACCUCAGUGAGGACUUCAGUGAAGACCUCAGCAGGAACCUCAGUGAGGACCUCUGUGUGGACCUCAGUGAGGACCUCAGUGAGGACCUCAGUGAGGACUUCAGUGAAGACCUCAGCAGGAACCUCAGUGAGGACCUCAGUGUGGACCUCAGUGUGGACCUCAGUGAGGACCUCUGUGUGGACCUCAGUGAGGACCUCAGUGAGGACCUCUGUGUGGACCUCAUCAGUCUGUGUGAAGGCCUCUGUCUGGUCUUAAAGCUCUCCAGGUUGAAGCUCCUGAUCCUGAUCCUCACUGAGUCUCUGAGAUGUUGGGACAGAAACAGGAGAAGAGAGUUUUUCGUAAUAAAAGGAAACGUGAGUCUUUCUCCUUUUUUCAAUCAGCAGCUUUAAUCCAGUGUCUGCAGAUCUUCCUCCAUCGAUUCUUGGUUUGUAUUUCCGAGGAGCUGAAGAGGAUUAGAGGAGGAUUAACUCUCAGGUAAUUUACUGUCGUCUUUGAUUCACGUCGGUUUGAAUCGGAUGUUUAUUUUCAGAUCCUCAAGUGUCUCAUUAAUCUAAAUAUGAGUCUCAAUUAUCAGCCCGCCGCACUAAUUGCUCUUUGUAGUUCAGUCCAGGUUUGUGUGUCUGUGUUUAUGAGUUCUUAUCUCACUGAAGCUGCUGAAGCUUCGUCUCCACAGCUGCAGACCUCACUCCUCUGAUUUAUGCUUGUUUGGUUGUUUGCUAACUUGCACAUUUUUGAGGGGAGCAGAAUCAUCUGUAAGUCAUUGUCUUUGGUAAAUAAGAGAAAUUGGACUUUUCAGAGAGGCUCACACUCCUCUGCCUGGUGGUCUACGAGCUCUCAUCCUCCGCCUCACACACUCCUGUAAACUCUGCAGCGGGCCCGAGGGUCCGAGGGUCCGAGGAGUUAACCGCUUCAACGCUCGACAAGAAUCUGUGAGGAGUGAGAGUUAGAGGAAAACCAGGUCCUGAACCGUGAACCAGGAACCUUCAAGAGUUCGAGCAGAAGAACAACUUCACAGAUCUGCACUGACCACGGAACAAAGACCCACAGACACCUGGACCAGCACAGACACAAGACCUGGACCAUCACAGACACAAGACCUGGACCAGCACAGACACAGACACCUGGACCAGCACAGACACCUGGACCAGCACAGACACAGACACAAGACCUGGACCAGCACUGACACAAGACCUGGACCAGCACAGACACAAGACCUGGACCAGCACAGACACAGACACCUGGACCAGCACAGAAACAAGACCUGGACCAGCACAGACACAAGACCUGGACCAGCACAGACACAAGACCUGGACCAGCACAGACACAGACACAAGACCUGGACCAGCACAGACACAAGACCUGGACCAGCACAGACACAGACACCUGGACCAGCACAGACACAGACACAAGACCUGGACCAUCACAGACACAACACCUGGACCAGCACAGACACAGACACCUGGACCAGCACAGACACAAGACCUGGACCAGCACAGACACAAGACCUGGACCAGCACAGACACAGACACCUGGACCAGCACAGACACAAGACCUGGACCAGCACAGACACAGACACAAGACCUGGACCAUCACAGACACAAGACCUGGACCAGCACAGACACUCCUCCAGUAAAGUCACAGACGAACACUGA